UUGAGAAAUUUUUGCAGAAAAUAUAUUAGUGUGACAUGAUACAUUGUUACAAGAGUAUCAAAUUUUCACAAAUGACUUGCAGAUUCUUGAUUUUAAUCUUUUUAUCAGCUUUAUGGCAAACUUGUUUAGCUGCUGUUACAGAUUGCCAAAAAUUGCCAAAAGUUGAUCUUGCUACAUGUUGUCCCAUACCGGAGUUAAUAACGGAUGAAAAUAAGGAGAAAUGUAAAGAGUUCUUAAUGGAACCGGAACCCUCCUUUUUGCCCAUGGCUAAUGAAAAACCACCGGCUAGUUCUAAAAAAAUAGCUCCUACAGCGGCAGGACAUCGUGAUCAUGAUAAUAAAAGACAUCAUGGACCUUAUAUGAAUUUGUGCUUCAUGAACUGUACCCUUAAUGAAACCGGUAUAAUAAACAAUGAUAAACUAAACGAAGCUGCACUAUCGUCCCAGUUGAAAAAGGUACUUAGUGAUGUGCCAGAUUUGAUACCGGUACUCGAAACUUCAUUUAAAACUUGUUCGAUAAAAGGUGAAAAAUAUCAUGAAGCAAUGAAGAAAAGGAAAUAUGCUAAUAGCACACCAGCAACUGUAACAAAAGAUCGUAUGAUUCGACCAAAACGUUGUCCACCAAUUGCUAGUCAUCUAUUGGCUUGUGUUUUCAUGGAAACCUUUAUGAAAUGUCCAGCUUCAGUAUGGAUGAAGACUAAGGAGUGUAAUGAUUUACGCAAUCACAUGCAAAAUUGUAAACCAAAACACAGUAUGGAAGAUUCAAGUUCUAGCUCCAGCACAACAGAAGAGGAGAUGUGAAACCAUGUUAAUAUAUAUUACAUCAAUAAUCAAUUACUCCACAUUUAAAUAAAAACUAAAUAUAAUUUAAA